UGAAGUGAUUUAAUUACCAUUUAAUUUUGGACUUCAGUCUCAUCUUCUGCAUUGUUAUGUCACCUGUUGCAAGUCUUAUUUUAUAGCUGAUUCUCCAUUUGAGGAACUGGAUUUGUUCCAUAGCUCUUAAUCCCUUCAGGUUUAUUGUUUUUACUAUCUUAAAGGUUGCUUCUAUCAGCGUUUUCCAGCCUGUUUUACGUGCCCUUGUGUCCACUUUGUCCUGUCAUAUCCUGAUUUGGUCCCUAGUAUUGAUCAAGCUUCAUAAAUAUUUAGCAUUUACCUUAAUGCACCUCUGCAGCAGACCCUCUGGUCAAUGCACUGCACUGUUUAAAGGACUGGGAGUUCUUUAUCUGUUAGCUUUUUGUCAAGGGCUUGGGUUUGGACGUUGUGGUCCUGCCAGCUACAUAAAAUUACUUUAGCGUUUUUGCAACAACAUCAUUGUUUCUACUUCUUGCAUGUUGCGUAGCAGUGAGAUAUGAUCACUGUCCUAAGCUGCUGCUGUUGAAAGCAGCUCAGUCAGUCUGGUUAGUGAAGGAUUUCUAAGAACACUGGGAGAUCUACAGUCCAGGGAAUAUAUUUUUGGCUCCAAGGUUGAAUGUCCACCAUAUGUGCUCCUCCUGAUAAGGUCAUGAUAAGACUUUUGUGUGCUGCAGUCAUAGGUUUAGGCCUUUUAUCUACAAUUUGUGUAUCAAACACAGUUAUUAUACUGAUAAAACAAGCUACACCUGAGGUAAUCUGACUGUUGAUGCUGGGCGGUAUGCUAGUCUGUAAGCAAUUUGACUGUCAUAAAUACAGUGAUUAUCGGUUUAAACAUUAACUCGGAGGUCUUUCGUCAAGUGGACUGCUGCUGACUGAGCUUCGCUUUAAACCAAAUCUUCGCCUGUUCUUGCGUUCCACUCUGAGGAAAUUCACAUUCAGCUAUGAGCAACUUUGCGCAGAUCUUGAAGGAGAUCGGGGAGUUUGGUUUAUAUCAGAAACGCCUGGUGGUUGCAUUAUGCAUCCCCACCGUGUUUGUAGCGUUUGAUGUUAUUGGGCAGGUGUUUACAGGCAUGAGCUUCCCACAUCACUGCAACACUGACUGGAUCAAGGAUCGUGGACCCAACCUGACAGAGGAGAGGCAGAAGAGUCUCACCAUCCCACUGAACGAGGAUGGAAGCUUUGAAAGCUGUGAAAUGUUCACACCUGUACCUGGGGCUUGGAAUUUGGAAGACAUUGAAAAGUAUGGGAUUAACACCACAACAGGAUGCAUAAAUGGAACGGUUAUUGAGAUACCUGAAGGUGCCUCCAGCAUUCUGACUCAGUUUAACCUGGUGUGUGACAGGAGUAGUUUUAUCGAGGCCUCACAGUCCAUCUACAUGGCUGGUCUUCUGGUCGGAGCAUUCCUGAUGGGGCAGUUAGCUGACAGGUUUGGUCGACGCUUUGUGGUCCUGCUUUCGCUCCUCCUCCUGCUGUUGUUUGGUGUGGGUGCUGGUUUCUCACCCAACAUCUAUGUUUAUAUAGUUCUCAAAUUUUUAGGUGGCACCGCUAUUUCAGGCAUUAUCGCCAAUGCAUUUGUGAUAGGUGGAGAAUGGAGUGAUUCUUCCAAGUUUGCUCUCUGUACCAUUGUCUGCCACUCUUUUUUCCCUGUUGGACUGAUGGUGUUGUCUGGCCUCGCCUAUUUGAUCCGCAACUGGAGGAUCCUGCAGCUGGUGCUCUUCAGCCCUCUCCUCCUCGUCCUAGGAAUUUUCUACAUAGUUCUUCCAGAAUCGGCUCGCUGGCUCAUUACUCAGGGCAAGAAGGACGAGGCCAUAAAGGCGAUCAGGAAAGCAGCCCGAGUGAACAAGAGAAACGUCCCAGAAGAUCUUCUAGAAAAACUGGAGUUUGAGGAUACGUCCAAAAAAGGAAACAUGCUGGACAUCAUCAGGAUCUCUUAUCUGAGAAAGCGUGCCAUCAUAAUGAGCUACAUCUGGUUUGGAACUAGUCUGGUGUACUAUGGGCUGAGCCUGAAUGUUGGCAAUUUUGGUCUGGAUAUUUACCUCACGCAGUUCAUCUUUGGCGUGGUAGAACUACCUGCACGUCUGGGCAGUUUGCCUCUUCUCCAGCGCUUUGGGAGGAGAAUCUGUCAAGCGGGGGUGCUGCUUUUUGCAGGGGUUGCUUGCCUCGUAAUCCUUGUUGUACCAACAGACCUUCCUGUAGUGGUAACAGUCGUAGCCGUGCUGGGAAAAUUUGCUGCUACUGCCAGUUUUUCCACAGUUUAUGUUUAUACUGCAGAAUUAUAUCCAACAACUCUAAGGCAGAAUGGUGUAGGGCUGAACUCCGUGUUUGCUCGUGUUGCCGGCAUCCUCGCUCCGCUGAUCAGACUCCUGGAUGUCUAUCAUCGCAUCAUCCCCAUGCUGAUAUAUGGAAUUGUCCCUAUUGUCGCUGGGGGGGUUUGUUUCCUUCUUCCUGAAACCGUCAAUGCUGAACUUCAGGACCACGUUGAAUCUGCAGAACCUAAGGAUGGGACUUCAGACACGAGAUCCUUCACUGAUGAGGGAAAAUCAGAAAAGAGCACAAAAAUGUAAUUUAUAUGGUUGCACUGGUUUGCACAGUUUUAUUGCUGCACUUCCUGACAGCUGGCACACAAGAAAUUUGUUUAUAUGCAGACCUUCAACUGAAUCCCAUUUAACUUGUAAAUUAGUACACAAAAUAGUUUUUUUUUUGUAUUUACAAUCUGUUACUUUUUUCCAGGUUGUAACCAGAAAAUUGUUUUUGUAGUUACAAUCUGUUAACAAUUUGCUUAAUUUGUACAAAAGCCGUGUGUUGUUUGAUAACUGAUGUGUGUGUAUUUAUAUGUGCUAUAUAUUGGCUAUGCACUUGUCUUCUCUCUCUUUGGUUGUUGGGUGAGAGUAUAAGUGUUCUUCUUUUCCCAUGAAUAAACUAUGAACCCUC